UAUCAGCAGUUCUCGCAGGUGUUUUUGCGGCAGUACCCAAUACCGUAUCUCGCAGACCUGGUGAGUCGCUUGUGUCUGCGCUUAAACAUCAUUUUGGAGAGGGAAAAUGAGAGCAUGAUAUCCAAUGGGGGGACUGACAACAUCAAUAGCAGAGUCGGUUCUCAGGAACAACCAGGACUAAUAGUGGGUCUUUCUGCCGCUUCAUCUUCCUCUUCUUCUGCCAGUAGUUCCCUUAUUGGGGACAUUUUUACGCCGUUAUCAGACGCAGC